UACUUACCAACACCCAUUCAGCAUGCUGGCAAAUAUGCCGCGUCGGCGCGGCGCUUUAAUUGUCUUUGAAGGUGUCGACCGUUCAGGAAAAUCAACUCAAACUGCACUCCUCACGCAAAACCUCUCUUCCCACCAAAUUCCGUCCAUCCUCCGCCGCUUUCCAGACCGAACCUCAACCACAGGCGCCCUUAUUUCAUCGUACCUGAGUUCUACUAGCGAACCCGAAUUAAGCGACGAAGCGAUACACUUACUGUUCUCCGCAAAUCGAUGGGAGGCUGUGAAAGAGCUGGAAGACGCUCUGUUGAAUGGCACAACAGUUAUUGUCGACAGAUACGCGUACUCGGGUGUCGCUUAUACUGCAGCCAAAGGUCUAGAUCUCAACUGGUGCAAGGGACCAGAUAAAGGCCUGUUGACGCCGGACCUGGUUAUUUAUAUGGAGAUACCUAUUGAAGUUGCUGCAACAAGGGGUGGAUUCGGUGGGGAGAGGUAUGAGAAGAUCGAGUUCCAGGAAAAAGUCCGCGGUUGUUUUAAGCAACUGAAAGAACAAGACCCGACUUGGAGAGUGAUAGAUGCCGAUAGACCCGUAGAGGAGAUUCAAAAGGACAUAGUUGGCACCGUUCUGGAAGUGAUCGAGCGAGUAAAAGAAAUGCCUAUUGGACAUGAUUUAUGGUCUAAAUGAAGCGCUGGUUGGCUUUUGUCGAUCAAUCGCGAGACCAGCUCGCCUGUGGCCGUGGGGGGUUUUUUUUUGUUGUGUAAUACAGAUUGAGAUUUGAUCUCGCUAUGCCAUUAAUGGCUCUUCCAAUUUCGGUUCAGCUCGCGCCUUAGCAAUUUUGGAUAUCUUCGCAUGUUCCGCCGCUAUAAAAUGUCAAUAAUAACUACCUCAUUCUAUCA